AUGGCGGAGGUGAAUAUCGAGCAAUCCACCCUAGAGUCAGUGAAGGGCAAGGUGGUGGUCCUCGCAGGCGGCGCUCAGGGAAUCGGGGCAGCAACAGUGACCCAGCUAUAUAAAUCAGGCGCUCAUGUCUUCUUCGGCGAUUGGGACGACAUCAAGGGCUUGAAACUGGCAGAUGAGCUUCGAGCCUCGCCUUCAGAAGGCGGCGUGACAUAUCUCAAGGUCAAUGUUCGGGAUUAUCAGUCUAUCCUUUCAUUGUUCGAUGCCGCCUACAACAAGCACGGACAGAUUGACAUCGCGAUCUGCUGCGCUGCCGUGACUGAAAGACCGGGGUAUUGGGAGCCAGAGAAGCUGGAUCUCCAGAGCGUGAGAGAGAUGCCAACAGGCAUCACCGAGGUAGUCGACAUCAACCUGAACGGCACUCUAUAUUUUGCCCGACUGGCCAUGGCAUAUCUGAAGGAGAAGCACACGUUCGACAAAGCAUCAACGACGGCCCAAUCCAUCACCUCGCCAAAAUCUAUCACGCUCGUCUCCUCGGUCGCGGGCUUCAAGGAGUCGCCCGGCCUGUUCGCGUACUCGGCGGCGAAGCAUGGCGUGUUAGGACUCAUGAGAGCUCUCCGGCCCUUCACGGCGCCAUUAUACGGAUUGAGAAUAAACGCCAUAUGUCCCUGGGCAACCGACACGCAACUCCUGGCCGGCGUGCGCGCCGAAUGGGUCAAGCACGCGAUGCCGAUGAACCAGCCCCUCGACGUGGCAAAGUACAUCAUCCAAGUCAGCGCCGAGCCGACCACGCACGGCAAAGCCCUCUUCGUGACGGGUGGGCGCGCCGUGGAUAUCGAGGAGGGCAUCAAAAAGACCGAGCCCGUGUGGUUGGGGGAGAAGAACUCGCGCGAUUUGGCGGCGGGACAGGUCAUUUUGGGAUUGGGCAUGGACUGGGGACAUAACAGCCCGAAGAUGCACGAGAGCACGAACGGCACUUCGAACUGA